AAAAUUUAACUAACUCAACCGUUAGCAGCCCGCCAUUUUCUCACCUGCCAAGAAAAAGUCGUUUGAAACAAGAUGGCGGCCAGCAAUACGAUUAGGUAUUUCUUGUUCGCGUUCAACUUCUUGUGUUGGAUUGCCGGGCUGGGCAUGUUUGCCAUCGGCAUCUGGCUGCGUGUGGACCCGGCUCUCUCACCGGUGGUGACGUUAGAACUGGGGUGGUUCUACACGGCUGUGUACGUCAUCAUUAUCGUCGGUGUCGUCACCAUCGCCAUCGGCUUCCUGGGCUGCUGCGGCGCCAUGAGGGAGAGCCCCGCGCUCCUCAAGAUAUACGUUUGUCUCCUCGCCUUGAUGUUCAUCCUGGAAGUGAUAGCAGGCAUCCUGGGAUGGGUGUGGAGGAAUGAGCUUGACCAGUGGGUCCGAAACUCCUUCAGUCGGACCUUCAACGGAAGGUACAUCGACGACUUCUCCGACUCCUUCCAAGACGCCGUGGUGUACUUUCAGAGAAGGAUGGACUGCUGCGGACUGAACACGCCCGAGGACUGGGAGAACUGGCAGGAGGUGGACAGCUGCCCGUGUCCCAUCGACCGGUACGUCAACCAGUACGACUGGACAGAGAAAUGUCAGGAGGACAGGAACGACUACACCCUCAGCGUCUACAAGUCUUGCUGGGACAACAUCUCCCUGUGGCUGAAGAACCACAUCAUCGUUAUCGGGAUUAUCGGGUUCGCUGUCGGCGCCGUGCAGUGUCUGGGCAUCUAUUGUGGAAUCAAGAUGAUUCGACAGUUCGACAAGGGUGGCGAGGACGGGUUCCUGUCCAUCAUCAAGUCUCCGAUUAAAGCCAAGAAAGCAAAGAAAGAGGUUCCCCUUGAGACAGUUACCACGACCAAGGACGAGGGAGAGUCUUUGGUGAAGGAGAAAGACCAGCCCCCGCCCAAAGAGCCCGAGGUGGAAGCGGCGGUGACGACGAAAGAGCCGACGGCGCCGGCGGAAGAGACCGAGCCCUUGUCACCCUCCUCGCCGGCGGAAGAGGCCGAACCUCCAGCGAAGGAGAACGAAGCAUGACCUCGCUUGCUGGGAUCGUUGCCGGUGUGAUCUUCACCCUCCGGCUGAAGAAGACAGCUGUGGUUGUGUGAACCGCCGUGACUCAGAUCAUCUGUAGAAGUUUUAGAUAACUUGAUUAGGCCACACCGAUUUAAUUCUAUGGAUGACAUCCUCUGAACACCCCCAAACUAGUGCACGCGGGCGAAUAAAAAAAAAUUCCGGAAAAAAAAAUACAAAUGCUACUAAACCACAGGUAUACAAAGCUGGUAUUGUGAAUUUGCGGCAGUACAUAGCGACGCAUACGACAAGCCGGCACAUGCUGGCUUUUUGCGGAAUGUAUGAAUCGGCACGAGUUCUUGCCGUCGUUCGGUAGCCUGGGUGCCAUCCUAUCCAGAGUUACAGCCGGCUCCGUAUCGUCACUAACUACCAGGCCAGAGCCUCGGAGGACGUGAUCUUUUUUUUUUUUUUGACAACAGUCGAAAAUCAAUGCGCGCGCGGAUGUCAUUCAUAAAAUUAAGUCAGUGUGGCAUUACCAGAAGGUCUGGAACAGUUGGCUAGAAGUUUUUAAACCUUGGAUGUCUUAGAGGUAGUGGUUGUUCCCUGAUCUUGGGUUUCUUGACGCUUUUAUUUCAGUUUUAUAUCCUGACAUGGUUUCACAUUUCAUUUGGUUUUCCAAUUUGAGUCCAGUAUUGCAUAAAAGCACAUUGUUUUCUUUUUUCUCUCUCAAUGCUUUAGAAUUUAGUGUAUUCAAAUACUAUAGAAGAAGGGUAUGACUUUCAAGAAUCUAGAAUUGAAGUGUUUCUUUAUCUGACUUAUUGAUACUACCUGUCGUGAUUUGUAAAGGUCAUUUCAGAUAUCACACAUAGACGUGUAUCUAUCUAUAGUACCUUUAUUUUCUAUGAUUAUGAUGUAUGGGUAAAAUGAUAAGAUACAAAUUAAUGAAAAAAUUACUUCUAGGUUAGAUUUUGUAAAGGUGGUGUGCUGUAUCGGUUGAACAGCUUACAGCCGUUAAUUCUGUUAUUUCCUUCUUUAAUUAUAUAACAGAAGCGCUGUUUUAGUUAUGUGUUAAGAAUCAUCAUGAUUUUCCUAGUUUGUAUAUAGACAGUUAUUAGUUCAGGAAGACAUUGUCUAAUGAAUUAGUCACCUGGAGUAACUAGUCAUUCCAACUGUAAUUUUUGUUUUGUUUCUGAUUGACAGAAUUGCAUAAUAAACCCAAUAGACCUGU